AUGUCAGCCGCAGUUGACGGACUUGGAGAUGUUGUGGCAUCGCCAGAAGGGUUUCACGCCGUGCGCGAGGACAAAACUACAGCUCAGUCAAAGACCCCUUUCAAGAGCCGCCAUUCCGCCCUUCACAAUCUGGUGCAAGGCAUCUCCCAAAAUGAUGAUUCCGUUGCCAACGACCCGAAACAAAAUACCAUCUUUGGGGGAGAUGAUCUCAACUCGCCACUGAACCCACGCGGUGAGAAGUUCAGCGCGCGGGAUUGGGCCAGGAAUGUUGCCAGAAUGACCAAUGAGAGCGGCCAGAGAUACCGUCAGAUCGGCCUGUGCUUUCAGAAUGUCAACGUCUUCGGCUACGGCACGCCCAUAGACUUUCAGAAGGAUGUCGUAAACAUCUGGUUGUCUCUUCCACGCAUGGCUUGCCAACUCUACUCCAGCACCAUAGGCCGCACUCGGAUCGACAUUCUGCAUCAAUUCGACGGAUUAAUCCGCCCUGGAGAACUAUGUGCUGUCCUUGGCCCACCUGGUUCCGGUUGCUCGACCUUCCUCAAGACUAUAUCGGGCGAUGCCAACGGUGUCUACGUCAAUGCCGAUUCCUACUUCAACUAUCAUGGCAUAUCCGCAAAGGAGAUGCACAGCGCGCACCGGGGUGACGUUAUUUACACCGCCGAGCUCGACGUUCACUUUCCCAUGUUGACAGUUGGCGAGACACUGGCAUUCGCAUCGCGGGCACGCUGCCCACGGGAGCUGCCGCAUGGCAUCAGUCGCACCCAAUACUGUGAUGGCCUUCGAGAUGUCGUCAUGGCCAUGUAUGGUGUCAGUCACACCAUCCAUACCAGAGUCGGAGACGAGUAUGUACGAGGUGUUUCGGGUGGAGAGCGCAAGCGUGUCACCAUCGCAGAGGCAACCCUGGCCAACGCCCCAUUCCAGUGCUGGGACAAUUCGACUCGUGGUCUUGACUCGGCGAACGCCAUUCAAUUCUGCAAAACACUUAGGCUGCAGUCCGACCUGUUUGGCCACACAUGCGCUGUGUCGAUGUAUCAGGCACCACAGAGCGCUUACGACGUAUUUGAUAAGACAACGAUCAUAUACGAGGGCCAUCAGAUAUACUUUGGACCAGCGAACAGGGCAAAGGAAUAUUUCAUCAACCUUGGCUUUGAAUGCCCGGCGCGUCAGACAAGUCCUGACUUCCUCACAUCCAUGACGUUCCCAACGGAGCGUAGAAUUCGCCAGGGUUGCAAUCCACCGCAAACUGCUGAGGAAUUUGCCCAUGCUUGGCGAAGAAGCCCUGAAUAUGAGGCAUUGCAGGUCGAAAUCGAGGAAUAUAAGGCGCAACAUGCCAUCGACGGCCAGGACGCCACGACCUUUCGACGGCUCAAAACGGCAUAUCAAGCCAAAGGACAACGUGUUAACUCGCCUUACAUCCUCACCUAUAGUCAACAGGUCCUGCUUUGUUUUUGGAGAGGAUAUUGGAGGCUUAAAGCCGAUCCCUCAAUGCCCGUCGGCAUGAUGAUUGGGAACACGAUUAUGGCACUCAUUAUAUCGUCCUUGUAUUACAACAUGGACAUAAGCACGACUUCCUUCUACGGCCGCUCCGUUGUCCUCUUCAUUGCGAUUUUAUUCAAUGCGCUGUCCUCUAUGCUAGAGAUCCUGACACUAUAUGCUCAAAGACCAAUUGUGGAGAAGCAGUCUCGCUACGCCUUUUAUCAUCCUUCAGCCGAGUCAUAUGCCUCCGUCCUGGUGGAUCUGCCGUUAAAGAUCCUAAACAUGGUUUCUUUCAACUUGGUAUUCUACUUCAUGACUAACCUAAACCGCCAACCCGGCCCCUUCUUUUUCUAUCUCUUCACUAUGUUCCUUAUCAUUAUGGCGAUGUCUGGGAUUUUUCGAUCUAUAGCCUCGUUAUCACGAUCGGAACAACAGGCUAUGGUUCCGGCAUCAAUCCUACUGCUUUGCCUGCUCAUCUUUACAGGAUUCAUUGUGCCCGAGGACUACAUGCUUGGCUGGUGUCGUUGGCUAAAUUAUGUCAAUCCGGUAGCAUAUGGCUAUGAGUCUCUCAUGGUUAAUGAGUUCCACAACCGCAACUUCUCAUGCUCCACGUAUAUCCCUGACUACGCCAAUACCACCUCAGGAAGCGUAGCUUGCGCCGCUAUAGGGGCCGUGCCUGGGCAAACCUAUGUUAAUGGGGACGACCAUAUCACCUCAGCAUUCAAAUACCACCAUGGGCACAAGUGGCGAAACGUUGGUAUUAUAAUUGCCAUGGCGAUUUUCAACCAUGCCGUCUACUUCAUCGCCGCAGAAUACAUCCGGGCCAAGAAGUCCAAGGGCGAAGUUCCUGUCUUCCGCCAAGGUUCUAAACCACAGUCCUCGGCCAACGGCGGCAGAGAUGUUGAGAAAUCAAUCAGCGCACCUGGCUCACGGGUUAGGAGACUGUCCAAGUAUCCAGCCAGCGGAAGAGGAGGCUUCGAGGGCUCCAGCAGCGUUUUCCACUGGAACAACGUGUGCCACGACAUCAAGAUCAAGGGGAAACCUCGACGUAUCCUUGAAAAUGUGGACGGCUGGGUCAAGCCUGGCACUCUCACCGCACUGAUGGGUGUUUCCGGGGCUGGAAAGACCAGUCUCCUCGACUGUUUGGCUGACCGUCGUUAUGGCGUGGGCGUUGUUACGGGCGAGAUCUUGAUCGAUGGGAAGCUGCGUGAUGAGAGUUUCCAGAGAAAGACAGGCUAUGCCCAACAGCUUGAUCUCCAUUUGGAAACUACUACUGUUCGUGAGGCCCUCAAUUUUUCUGCAGUCCUUCGUCAGCCGUCAAGUAUUCCAAGAAAAGAAAAGCUGGCAUAUGUGGAUGAAGUCAUCAAGAUACUGGAUAUGGGGGAGUAUGCCGAUGCCGUUGUUGGCGUGCUUGGUGAAGGCCUCAAUGUCGAACAACGCAAGCGUUUGACUAUUGGGGUAGAACUGGCCGCCAAACCGCCAUUUCUGCUCUUCGUCGAUGAGCCUACUUCUGGCCUGGAUUCUCAAACCAGCUGGGCCAUUCUGGACUUAUUGGAGAAGCUGUCUAAAGCAGGCCAGUCUAUACUCUGUACUAUCCAUCAGCCGUCGGCAAUAUUAUUUCAACGGUUCGACCGGUUGCUCCUACUUGCUGAGGGCGGUCGUACAGUAUACUUUGGCGAUAUUGGAGAAGACUCCAAAAUCCUCACUGACUACUUCGAGCGCCAUGGCUCACAUCCCUGCAAACCUGGCACCAACCCGGCCGAGUGGAUGCUUGAAACAGUCGGUGCUGCCCCAGGCAGCUCUUCCGAUAUCGACUGGCAUCAGACGUGGCGUUCCAGCCCAGAAUACCAGUCGGUUCAGAGCGAACUGGGGCGUCUCAGGGCCUUAGGUGACAAUCGGCCUUCGCAUGAGAAGAACAAUCCAUCGUCGUACCGUGAGUUCGCUGCGCCAUUUGGGCAACAAUUUCUGGUCGUUAUGCAGCGCGUGAUGCAACAACACUGGCGGACACCAUCUUAUAUCUACUCCAAGCUCAGCCUCUGCAUCUCCAGCACUUUAUUCAUCGGACUUGUGUUUCUCAAUGCACCUUUAACCAUUCAGGGACUGCAAAAUCAGAUGUUCGCCAUUUUCGAGAUGUGCAGCAUCUUGGGGCAACUUGCAGAGCAACAGAUGCCCCAUUUUGUUGCACAGCGAUCGCUAUACGAGGUUCGUGAACGGCCAGCCAAAACUUACUCAUGGAAAGUCUUUAUGCUCAGUCAGAUUGUGGCCGAGAUCCCCUGGAAUACUAUCGCGUCACUCUUUAUGUGGGCGCUGAUCUACUACCCAGUGGGCUUCUAUAAAAAUGCCGAUGCCGCUGGACAGGGCGCAGAGCGCGCGGGGCUGAUGUGGCUCCUAUUCUGGCAAUUGCUUCUGUUCAUUUGCACGUUUGCCCAUAUGUGCGUUGCCUUUGGUGAUACGGCUGACUCAGGAGGCAACACGGCCAACUUUCUUUUUGUCUUGAUUUUCUUUUUCUGUGGUGUAUUGGCUUCGCCAGAGACCAUGCCUCGGUUUUGGAUUUUCUUGUACCGUGUUUCGCCACUUUCGUAUUGGGUUUCCGCUAUACUGUCAACAGGUCUUGCCAACGUUGACGUGACGUGCGCCAACAAUGAAUGGAUUCAGAUCAGUCCUCCAGAUAACCGCACAUGCGGCGACUAUAUGGCCGACUAUAUUUCGAGGCGGGGUGGUUAUCUUCUCGACCCGUACGCUACAAGCGACUGCAGCUACUGCAAAAUUAAGGAGACAAACGUCUUCUUGGAUGGAAUCGGUUCCCAUUACGGGGACAGAUGGCGCAACUUUGCUAUCAUGUGGGUGUUCAUUAUCUUCAACAUAUUAGCAGCAUUGACGUUAUACUGGGUGGCUCGCAUGCCAAAGGGGAAGAGAAGAAUGUGA